ACAGAAAGGACGUCCACUUCGGCUAAUGUAAGGAAAAAUCCGAUGUUGGAUGUCAGUAUUUUCUCCCUGUGCGGUGUUUGUAUGGAAUUUCGAUGUUUCGCUGAAAAAUUAUUUUGCUACUUCACCGGUUUUCUUUCUCUGAAUGUUGAGCUGUUAGUACAACCUUUAAAGUUGCACCCAGCACAGAUGAAGACGGCGUUAGACAAAUUUGCAGCAGUCGGAAUACUUCAGACUACACCGCCUCUGUAUACCUCACACUGCUCUCUAUGCUCUCAGAUAUAUUUCGCUCCGAGCUCAGUUUGUAGAAACGGGAGCCGAAGCACUCCAUUUAUAGUAUUGAGUGUCCAAUCUUCCACCAAUCAAAACGAUUGGUUAUUGCAAUUUGAAAUUGUAAAUUGCUUUGUCUGACGCCUACUAAUUUUGACAAUUUGCAGAAUCCAAAAUAAGUGAUAAUGAAAUCUGACACUUUUCCUUUCUUUUCUUUUUUCUUUUAUUUAUUUAUGGGGAUAUACCCCACAUAAAGUAUUUCAUUAAAGUUAAAAUAAAAAAUUUAAA